CCUCACAGCACUUGCUGACUGUUCUUUUGGAGGUUAAGAUGAGCUCAGAACGUUUGAAGAAACGUGGUCAUGCUGUUGCUUCUGGGAAAAAAAGCUCUAAGAGGAAGCCAAAGAGAAAGGAAGCAUUUUCAGUCUACAUUUACAAAGUACUGAAGCAGGUGCACCCUGACCUGGCCAUCUCCUCCAAGGCCAUGAGCAUCAUGAACUCCUUUGUCAAUGACAUGCUGGAGCGGCUGGCCGCCGAGGCCUCGCGCCUGGCCCGGUACCGCUGCCACACCACCGUCAGCAGCCGCGAGGUGCAGGCGGCCGCAUGGCUGCUGCUGCCCGGCCAGCUGGCCCAGCACGCCGUGUCCGAGGGCACCAAGGCCGUCACCAAGUACACCACCAGCAAGUGACCAGCUGAGAGCAGCCUGGGCCUGCUGCCUUCUCCUGCAGGAGAUGUGUUGGGUCUUACCUAACUGAGAAAGCAAAACCUCGU